CGGGCCCGGCCACGGAGGCCAGGAGGUGGUGGGCCCGGCCACGGAGGCCAGGAGGUGGUGGGCCCGGCCACGGAGGCCAGGAGGUGGUGGGCCCGGCCACGGAGGCCAGGAGGUGGUGGGCCCGGCCACGGAGGCGAGGCGCCCGCUGGAGGCCAGGGCAGGAGGGAAAUGGGCAGUGGGACUUCCCUGUUCACUACCCGGGAGGAGGAAUGGCGGCGGUGGGGCCCUUUCUAGCCGCCCGGCACAACAAAAAGACGAAUCUAGCGUGCUGUGGCUCCCUCCCUGCUUUGAAGCACCACACACACACAUGCACACACACACAGGCGCAUUGUGUCUCUUCCUGUGUAGCACGGCGGUUUUUUUCUUCUUCUUCAGACAACCCAGUCAGGAAACCAGUUUGCCAUCAUGUGCUCGGAGCCCCGUCUGCUCAGCAAGCAGUGACACCACCACAGCCGAAAUUGUGCGGUCGUCGGCUUCCCUGGGUGAGGGCACUGGGCACCUAGAAAGUGUCGGGACAACCAGCCCAGAAAGGCCCGCACCUGGUGGAUGUAAAGGAAGAGGCGCCCUUCGGACCGCUCCAGCCUGGCGCUUGGAGCGCACCCUCGAGUCGGAUCGGUGACUCUUCUUGUGGGGCAACAUGUUUUCGAGGAAGAAGCGCGAGCUGAUGAAGACGCCCUCGAUAUCAAAGAAGUGCAGGGCAGGAAGUCCUGUCCCGCAGGCCUCUUUGGAUCUGCCCCGGCGAGAUGGCUUGGAUGCGUCGUCCUCCAGCCUGCUGGACCUCUCCACCUCGGCCCCCGCGGGCACACUCAAGCGACCCACCAGCCUCAGCCGCCAUGCCAGUGCGGCGGGCUUCCCUCUCUCCCCGGCGAUCCCGCGGAGCCUCGCCAAAGGCCACAAGGCCCACAUGGCGUACAGCCCCUGCGAGGGCGGCGAGGGGAGCCUGACGGAGCCGGAGGACAUUUCGCAGCUGCUCGCGGACGUGGCGCGUUUCGCAGAGGCCCUGGAGAAGCUGAAGGACGUGAUGCUACGGGAGGAGGAGCUGGACUCACGCCGACCAGUUGCCCAUGAGUAUCUUGGGGAAGCUCUAUGGAUCCUCCGACAGGUCGUCACCAAGUACCCUCUCCUCAAUACGCUGGAGACCCUGACGGCUGCAGGGACGCUCAUCUCCAAGGUCAAAGGUUUCCAUUACGAGGCCAACCACGAAACAGACAAACGGGAAUUUGAAAGGGCCCUGGAGAUGAUCGCCGUUUCCUUCAGCAGCACAGUCUCCGAAUUCCUCAUGGGUGAGGUGGACAGCAGUACCCUCCUCUCAGUCCCACCCAGUGACCAGAACCAGUCCAUGGAGAAUCUCUACGGAGCGAUUUCUGGGCAAAGUCCGGAAGAGACGUUGGUUGGCAUGGACGACUUCAGUUUGGUCCGUCUGUCAGCGGAAGAGGUGGAUGUCCUUCUCCAGAAAUGUGAGGGCGGCGUGGAGGUGGCCCUCGGGUAUGCCAAGCACAUCUCCAAGUACAUGAAGGACCUCAUCAACUACCUGGAGAAGAGGACCACUCUGGAAAUUGAAUUUGCCAAAGGACUGCAGAAGAUGGCCAACAGCUGUAAACAAACCAUCACGCAGGAGCCCUACAUGCCCUUCCACUCCAUCUAUUCGCUGGCGCUGGAGCAAGACAUGGACUACGGAGUCAGCUCUCUGCAGGCAGCCAUCACCUUGCAAAAGGAAACGUUCCUGCAGCCGCUGACUGCAAGGCGUCUGGAACAUGAAAAGAGGCGGAAGGAGAUCAAAGAGCAGUGGCACCGGGCCAAGAGGAAGUUGCAAGAGGCCGAAAGCAACCUGCGCAAGGCCAAACAGCUGUACAUGCAGCGCUCGGAGGAGUACGAGAAGGCCAAGUUCGUGGCGGUCAAGGCAGGAGGGGAGCAGCUGGUGUCCAGCACCACCACGGCCACCAAGGCCUUAGACAAGAAGCGGCGGCUGGAAGAGGAGGCCAAGAACAAGGCGGAUGAAGCCAUAGCAACCUAUCGGACCUGCAUUGCUGAUGCCAACACCCAGAAGCAGGAGCUGGAGGACACCAAAGUCACUUCCCUUCGGCAGAUCCACGAGGUGGUGAAGCAGAGCGACCAGGUCAUCAAAUCGGCGACCAUCUCCUUCUACCAGCUCAUGCACAUGCAGACGGCCCCGCUGCCCGUCAACUUCCAGACGCUCUGCGAGAGCAGCAAGCUGUACGACCCCGGACAGCAGUACGCCUCCCACGUGAAGAGGCUGCAGAGGGGCGAUGAGCCGGAGACCCAGUACGACUUCGAACCCUACAUCGGCUGGCCUCCGUUGACCCGGCUCCGAAAGGGCAGCUUCAAUGCCAGUGAAUUUGCGGUGGCCACUGGCCCAGAGGCGGCCGGCAAAGAGGGCUCUGCUCCCGAGGGGGAGGCAGCGGCGGGGGCACAGGAGCUGCAGACCGGCACGGCCAUCCCAGAGCGGCGAGGUGGGCGGGGUCACCAGGCCCACAAGUCCUGGCCGUCGGCCGUCACAGAGACCAAGGGCAGCCUGGAGCCCCACGCCACGAACUCAGGGGAGUUCACCCAGAAGUUCCGGCAGGUGCCUUCCAACGGAGCGCUGUCUCCUGGAGAAGAGUCAGUCGGCAAUUCGCCUUCAUUUGAGCAGAGUAUCAACGGCAUCCCUCCCGAGAUCUCCACACCCACCGGCCCUUUCCGAAACGUCGGCUUAUCCAAAGCUGCCCAGACCCACAGGCUGAGGAAGCUGCGGACCCCUUCCAAAUGCCGCGAAUGCAACAGCUACGUCUAUUUCCAGGGAGCGGAGUGCGAAGAGUGUCAUUUAGCCUGCCACAAAAAAUGCCUGGAGACGCUGGCCAUCCAGUGCGGGCACAAGAAACUCCAGGGAAAGCUCCAGCUCUUCGGCCAGGACUUUGUGCAAGCGUCCUGCGCCAGCCCCGAUGGCAUCCCCUUUAUCAUCAAGAAGUGUAUCUCUGAGAUUGAGCGGCGGGCACUGAAAACAAAGGGCAUCUACCGUGUCAAUGGGGUCAAAACCCGAGUAGAGAAACUGUGCCAGGCCUUUGAGAACGGGAAGGAACUGGUGGAGUUAUCGCAGGCUUCUCCUCACGACAUCAGCAACGUGCUGAAGCUCUACCUGCGCCAGCUGCCGGAACCGAUCAUGCCUUUCCGCACCUACAACCAGCUCAUGGGGAUGGCCAAGGAAAGCUUGCAGGGCGGCCCCGAGGGGAAGGCCAGCAAGGACGUGGUGGAGGUGGUGGACAGAGGGGCGGAGACGGACAAGGUGGUGGUGACGCUGGUGGCCAAGCUGGCGUUGCUGCUGAGGGAGCUCCCGCGGGAGAACCUGGCCACCCUGAAGUACAUCGUGGAGCACCUGAGGAGAAUCGUGCAACUGGAGCAAGAGAACAAGAUGAGCGCCGGCAACCUGGGCAUCGUCUUUGGGCCCACGCUCAUGCGGCCCCGGCCCACGGAGGCCACCAUUUCCCUCUCCUCGCUGGUCGACUAUCCCCACCAAGCCCGCAUCGUCGAAGCCCUCAUCACCUUCCACUCGGCCAUCUUUGAAGCGGGAGGCGCCAUCCGGGACGGAGCAGCCGAAGAAGAACCGGAGGAGGGCGGAGAGCAUGUCGGCAGCCAGGAGGACGUGAGCGCACAGCUGCCCGACAGCAUCCCCUGUCUUGUGACCGUCGAGCGUACGGAGGCUGCAGAGCAGGACGAUCUGUACAGAGAACCCAGAGAGCGCUCCAUCGAUUCGGAUUCGGAUCCCGAUCCGGAUCCAGAAGACAGCCCAGAGCCCGAUGCCAGAGUAGCACCACGGAUCACUCAGCAGAGAAGCGGCAGCGAGAGCAGCGGCGACGAGGAAGUCCCAUUUAUCGAUGAAGGCGGCGAGGAAGGAGCUCGGAGCCGGACCUACAGCACCAGCCAGUCGGACCCCGAAGAUGCCUCGCCGUGUGGGCCGAUACGGGAGGAAGACCAACAUGAGCUGGAGGAGGACGCCGUUUUCAAGAGAGAGGGGGAGGUCGGGGACGAAGGGCAGCCGCUGGCGGAUUACAACAGCAACCAGUCCAACAACACGCUCUUCUCCCGCCUGCUUGGCUACAGGCCGCUGUGGUAGCAGAAAGGCCGCACUCCACAGAGCUCAUUGGGCAUCCGUAAUGAAGUUACUCAGGGAACAGGGUAGAGGGGGGCACAGUCGUCUGUGUGUAGAGACUGCCCUACCUUGUUGAGCUGACGUCUGUUUCACUCUGCCCAAAUCCUGCUCCCCUUCCCCUUUUUAAAAUCCCCCCGCCCGCCUGAAUGUAAGACUUUGCAAGAUGAGCCGGGCGGAAAGGCAGCUUAGAACGAUUUUUAAUCUCUGGGUCGCAAAGCCCCGCUUGCAGCAUCCGCAGCGGUCAGGUCAGGCUUGCCUUUGCGAACCGUUUUAGGGGGACACGUCCGUUCGCAUGGAAUGUCCGGUCAUACAAGCAUGGCCCACCGAUGCCCCGUCGUCGGGGUUUUACUUUUGCUGGCCUCUUGCGGGUGAAGCCACUCUCCUUUCCCCGGGGCCCACGGCCCACUGCUUCCGCACCCAGCAAGAGCCACUGCACAGAAGCCAUUCACCAGUUGUGUGGGAGAACCAGCCCAGCCUCCUUUGUGGCAUCAGCUUGGAGCGCUGGUGGGUUUGAACCCAGCCUGUGUUUGGGGGGGCGGUUUUCUCCUGCUUUAGCCCAGUCAAGCUUCAAGCUUCACUCAAGGGGGAAGUAUGCAAACAUUACAGGUAGCACACAGACGGGGAGGCUCACCAGCUAGUCCGUUUGCUGGGUUACCCGGCCCACAGCCAUACAGGCCAGACCCAAUUUUUAGCCUUGGCUAACCGCCGUUUUAUGGGAAGCCCCCAACACAACGCUGUAUUUUUAAAAACUGUAGGGUGAGGGGAUUCCCAACCUGUGCUCCUCCACACGCUGCUCAACUACAACUCCCAACCUCCCCGGCUACAGUUUAUUGCACCAGACAUUUGCCGCCACUUGUUUACCGGCAUUUUCCUCCAGGCCGAAAUAUCCCCUUGCCCAACCACCCGUUUCCCACGGAUCAGCACAACAGCGACAAAAUAUUUCCGGGCAGAAGCAGCAAAACACGGCCUCCCACCUUAUAGCGACUAGGUCAGGCCUGUGCUCAAGUCCAGUCAAGCGAAACGCCCCACCUCUCAAUAGCGGUGGCCAAAAUACUUCCCAGUCAAUCGGAAGUUACACCACAGAAGCUCCAACAUAGUCCGGCAACAUCUGGAGGACCCUAACAGGAAGGCAGUUCUGGGCUCCGAGAAGGAGACCGGAUAAACUCAGCCUUGGCCCCCAAGGCUCAGAAUGGUACCGUGUAGAUGUGUGUCUCUCUCUCUCGGAAGGAGUGGGUGAGGCAUUGUGGUUGGUGAAUGUGCUCUGUUUUUAAUUAUUUGUACAUAACGUGCCUCGCCCCCCCCCCCCCCCGUGUGAGCAAACCGCUUUGCGGUCAGGGUGAUUUACUUUUUAAUGGCUGUACACUUAGAUGCAGAUGUGAAGUGCAGGUUUUUUUGGGGGGGGGGGGUGUUUGCAAUGGCGCUAUGGAAAUAAAAGAAGUUUGAAUUUGU